AUGCCAAGUUCCAAAUCAUCCAUAGACCAUAGAGAUGUCUACUACCGACUAGGCAAAUCAGCAGGCUACAGAGCCAGAUCAGCAUACAAGCUCUUACAUCUAGACGAAGAAUUCGACUUGUUUACUGGCGUACAGACCGCCGUGGAUCUAUGUGCGGCUCCAGGAAGUUGGAGUCAGGUUUUGGGUCAGAAGCUUACAGAUGAAGGACGGAAGAUAGUUUCAGUCGAUUUACAACCUAUGGCACGUUUACCCAAUAUAACGAUCCUUCAAACUGAUAUUACCCUCCCCUCGACUAUUCCACUGGUGCUAGAUGCUCUGGGAGGAAGGAAAGCGGACUUGGUAGUUUGUGAUGGUGCUCCGGAUGUCACUGGUGUUCACGAUUUAGAUGCUUAUCUACAUUCACAGCUUCUCUUAGCGGCAAUCACGCUUUCCCUCACCCUUCUCGCUCCCCAUUCCACACUCAUAUUCAAAAUCUUCUUAUCGCCGUUGGACCCUCAAGCUGCCUUGUUAGCAUCACAGCUGAGGUGUUUCUUUCCCGGCCCAUCGUCCAGCGAAGAGGAGUAUGAAGAAUUUGACCUUUCGGAAAAGGAUGAAAUAGAUCAGGAUUUGAAGGAUGGCAAAAUGGAAGUUGAUGAAACUGUAUCUUCUAAUGCCGGAAAAGAUGGGUACGAUCUUAAAGGGAGAAGGGGUGGUGUAUGGGUGAGGAAACCUAGAAGUAGUAGAAAAGGUAGUGGUGAGGCAUUCAUCGUUUGUCGAAAUUUCGAUCCUUUCCGAGUACCUCUACCAAGCACCUUUUCAGAUUCGGCUCUCGCUGAGCUUCGUCAGCAGACAAGUGGAACCCUCACGAUGGAAUCGCUCGCUUCACUAGGUACGAGUGAAGCCAAGAGCUCGAACGAAUGGGAGAUGAUAAAAGCAUAUGUAGGAGGAGGGGAUCUGAAUCCAAUAACGGCUUUUCCAACACCAUCGAAAGCGAGACCGACUGCUCCUCCUAUAAACCUACAGCCGUCCACUUCUCCUUCAGAUCAUCAUGAACAACUGUCUACCUCGCCCAAAGCAUUAUUCGCGCAUCCCACACCUUUAGAUGGACCACCAGAAUACUUUUCUCCUAAAGCAUCACCUGAACCAACGAGUCCCACUCGCCGAAUCAAGGCCGCUCCGAUCUUUCUCUCUCCCGAGCGACUUCAUCUUGACACGAGGCGCCUCGCAGGCCCAGCUGCUAGAGCAGCAGCAAUGGCUUAUGGUUCGUCAGACUUACCUGAAGGAAGCUCCAGGCAAUCAUCCCUUGACUCACUCACACCUAACCCUUCCCCCAUCCACCUCAAUGACCCAAGUAGACCAUGGGCAUCGUCAUCGCAUGUCCCACUUUCAUCGCAUCACUCAGCUUCAGCUCAACUUAGUGUACCCGCACCUCAGAAUCGAGAUCGUUCCAGCUCCAAUGCGAGUGUGUUAUCUGCAACCUCAACAAGGGAUGAUUACCUCUCCGCUACGACACCUUUAAUCUCUCCAUCGUUGAGCUCAAGCUCGAAAACCGACUUGUUCUUCUCCUCAUCGACCAAAGAUUCGUUACCUAUCCCCCCGAGGGCUCUGCCUAACGCUGCAAAACUCGGCCGGGGAUUACCCUCGGGAAUGUCCAAGAACGAAGAUCGAUCGGCAAGUGUGCCCACCAGAAGACCCAGUCAGACUCAGCGUGAGGAACGAACUUCCGCGUGGGCAGAAAGUAGUUCUGGAAGAGGAUCGAUAGAUCUCACGUCUCCUUUUCCAUCAAGUCAAGGAUAUACACCUAGUAAUUAUUCUGGAUUACCCAUUAGGGACGAUUUGAAAUUCGGUUUCGAAGAGAUAAGCACUACUUCCAGAUUACGUUCUGUCUCCAAUCCUACUUCGAUUUCCAUACCUGGUACACCGACCUCGACGAAUUAUUCACCGGCGACUUCGAGAUUCCUAAAGAGUAAUCAGAUGAAUGAACCGCUAGCUACUUUGCCUACUUUACCUGAUGUCAAUCAGUAUACUACGCCAACUAAGAAUAGGAUGGGUCAUGGGAGAAGGGACUCUCAGCAGUUGGAGAGAGAACAUAGUCAAGCUAAGGAGGGUGUAGGAUGUAAGCCGGGAGAUAUAGUGGGACCUGAACAUCAAGACGACCAAGAAACUGAAGGGGAAGAUAAGAAGAGUAAGAGGAAGGGGUGGAAGCUAAUUAGCAAAUUAGGUGAAGGUGCCUUUUCAGCUGUAUGGUCUGCCAUACCUUUAUCCGACUCCGACAAUGCCAAAGACAAGAGCAACAGUGAAGGGAGGAUAGCCGCAUUGAAAUUGAUGGAUCGACAAUUAUCUUUAACCGAUUCACGAACUCGAAUAUCAUUCUUGAGAGAAGUAGAAGUGUUGAGACAUAUUUCACACCCUUCGAUUGUAUCGUACCUGGACAGCUUUACAACCCCUACACACCAUGUGUUGGUUUUAGAACAGCUCAGAGGAGGUGAAUUGUUCGAUUUGAUGUCGAGUGAAGAAAAUAGGAAAAGAAUGUUACUUCCCUCUCCUACUCCUUCGUCAGGAGAUGAGAAUGGAUGGGAUCGAGAUGGUGAAGGUUUUAUAAGGAGGAUAUUCAGUGAGCUCACUAGAGCGGUGGGGUGGCUACAUGAAGUCGGAGUGGUUCAUAGGGAUAUCAAAUUGGAGAAUAUCUUAUUCACCAUCAACCCAUUCACUCUCCCACCCACAUCGACCGAUUCUAUCCCCCUCCAACUCCUACCGACCAACGCACCUUUGAUCAAAUUGACAGAUUUCGGUUUAUCCAGAUUCAUAUCCACUUCUUCACCAUUACUUCAAACUCGAUGUGGAUCCGAAUCGUUCGCUGCACCAGAGAUCAUCAUGGGUAAACCGUAUGAUGGGAGAGAGACGGACUCAUGGGCUAUGGGAGUGGUUUUGUAUGGGUUGGUAGUUGGUGAAUUACCUUUUGAUCGUGAUGAUGAUCCCUCCGGAAGUGUAAUUGGACAAGCUGAAGUUAAAAUCCGAGGGGGAAGUAGAAAAAGAAUGAUGAAAAUCGCUAAAUGUGAAUACACCUAUCCUCGCGAUUUGAGUUGUACGAGUCAAGUCAAAGAGGUGAUUGAUAAACUGUUGGUGAGAGAUCCGAAGAAAAGAUUGAAAGUAAAUAGUAAAGAAAUAUGGGAAUUGGAUUGGAUGAAUCACACUAAACCUGGUGGAUUACCUAGACCACCCGGUUCCAGUUCAUCUACCUCUAAUGAGGGUAUGACGAGGGAUGGGAAGAUUGUCAAAAGAAAAGUGUUGGAUGGAUUUUUGGUAGAAGAGGAUGGGAUUGAAGAAGUUGCUAGAGCUGAGCAUUGA